AUGCUGCGGAGAAGCUGCUGCUGGAUUCUGCUUUUAGGCGUCGCUGCUGCUGCAGUGUUUGUGCAGAAGCCGGAAGCCGAUUCGUUGCUGCGGCGGCGGCGAGCGAACAGCGGCUUCCUGGAGGAGCUGCAACAAGGAAACCUGGAGCGCGAAUGCAUCGAGGAAAUCUGCGACUACGAGGAGGCUCGAGAGGUGUUCGAGGACGACAGCAAGACGAGGCAGUUCUGGCUCACGUAUGAACAUCGGGAUCCCUGCCUGGUGAACCCGUGUCAGAACAACGGAAUAUGUAUCUACGUGGGAACCUCGUAUGAGUGCCAGUGCUAUGAAGGCUUCGAGGGACAACACUGCCAGACAGUGUUUGAAGAAUCUCUGAAGUGUCUGUACAAGAACGGACUCUGUGAGCAGUUCUGUGACGAUUCUGAGGGAAGACGGCGAUGUUUCUGUUCUGACGGAUACCAACUGGGAGAAGACGGGCAGCGAUGCUUCGCUCAGGUGGAGUUCCCUUGUGGCCAGUUGGUUCCGGCAGAAUCUGGACGAAACCAGAGUGACGUGGUUCAGACCAGAGUGGUGGGAAGUGACGAGUGUCCCCGAGGAGAGUGUCCCUGGCAGGUUCUGGUCCAGUUAAAUGGAAACAGUCACUGUGGAGGAGUUCUGAUCCGACCCGACUGGGUCAUCACCGCCGCCCACUGUAUCCACGGCAACGACCCCAACAACUUGACCGUGGUGGCAGGAGAACAUAACUUGGAUGUGAAUGAUGGUACCGAACAGCGGUUACCUGUUUCCAUGGCGAUCAUCCAUCCUGGUUUCGUGAUGGCGACGGGCGACAGUGACAUCGCUCUGCUGCGGCUCAGUCGAUCCGUUUCCUUGAACCGACUCGUGGUUCCGGUCUGUCUGCCGACCAGAACCUUCGCCGAGCGCAAGCUGCUGCCGCUGCUGUACCACAGCGUGUCCGGUUGGGGCCGGAGGAUCGGCGCCGCCUCGCCCAGUGGUGCCAUCGCCUCGCCCGUCCUCCGCAGGAUGACCAUCCCCCUCCUCCAGAACGCCCAGUGCUCACAGAGGGCCCAGUUCAACUUCACCAGCACCAUGCUGUGCGCCGGAUACCUGGAGGGUCGCCAGGAGAGUUGCCGCGGCGACGACGGCAGCCCGCUGGUCACGCUGCUCGGCUCCACCCACUUCCUGACCGGCGUGGUGGCCUGGGGGCGGGGCUGCGCUCAGCCGGGGUAUUAUGGGGUGUACACCAACAUGGCCGCCUUUGUGGACUGGGUCCAGGACGCCAUGAAGAACCCACCGCCGCUACCGGACCUGCUGGACCAGAAACCGCUUUAAUGGAGAGACAGAAAAAGUUCUGGUUGGUUUUUAGGUUCGAGAAUGAAACAUCAGAGUUCUUCUGUCAGCGUUUUGAAAUGCUGUAAAAUGGAAGGAAACGGUCCUUUCACAAUAAUUCUCCUUUCAUACAAUUAAAAGCUAGAUUCUGUUGAAAUCAUUUGUUUUUGGAUGUUUGAUGAAUCAUCUCCAACAUUUCACAGUCUGGACAUAAAUCAUGACUCAGCGAUUAAAGCGAAUCUUUAGCUGUCGCUACGUUAAACGUAUUUACAGAAUUAAACUUUCUUUCACUGCUUUAAUUCACUCUUAUUUUGAAACGUCAGAUUUUAGCUCAAUUAAAUGAAUGAUUUUGUUCCUGAAGAUUUUUCCAAACCUGAACGUUUAUUUUCUAACUUCAUUUGAUGGAAACUGAAUAAAAUGAACUUAAACCAAUAAAGCGUUUUGACUCAGUCGCU